AUGCCUCCGCGCAUCCUUGGCACGACCCAAUCAGAGCUUGCUGAUGCCGCAGGAGCCCUUCAGCGUGGAGAGCUGGUUGCUAUACCAACAGAGACAGUGUAUGGCUUGGCUGCAGACGCGCUUUCAGAAGCUGCAUGCGCGAAGAUCUUCACCUUAAAACAACGUCCCGCAAACGAUCCCCUCAUUGUUCAUAUAUCGCAUAUUUCCCAACUGCCUAUGGUCGCUGUGGUUUCUGUAGAGCUGUCUUCAAUAGUCGACGCCCUUGCAGCCGCAUUUUGGCCGGGUCCGCUCACCAUGGUGCUUCCAGCCGCACCUUGUGUCCCAUCCAUUGUCACAGCGGGUAGCCAAACAAUCGGUGUACGGAUGCCUCGCCACCCCGUUGCCUGCGCUAUUCUAGAGCUUGCUGCGCGGCCCCUCGCUGCCCCUUCCGCGAAUAUGUUUGGGAGCAUCUCUCCCACGCAGGCAGAGGAUGUCGCUGCAGAGUUUGUUAAUAGCGACCUCCUGAUCAUCGAUGGCGGACGCUGUGACAUAGGGAUUGAGUCCACUGUUCUGUUGGUCGAGAAGGAUUGCUUGACGAUCCUGCGUCGAGGCCAAGUCAAUGAAGAAAUGCUAGUUGCAACUCUUCCGACAAACGCCUUGGACUAUAUACGCGUUGAGACACGUGCUCUUUCCAGCUCUGGUCUUCAGACGAAAGCAGUCUCUUCGCCGGGUCAGUUUCUGCGACACUACUCUCCGCGAACUGAAUGUUACCUUGUCAUGAAAGGAGGCCCUAUGCUUCCAGGCGCUGUUAGAGCCAUCCUGCCGGCCCGUCUCGACGGCUUCGUCGUCAUUCUUGACUGCAAUCCUGCUCUCGCAGAGCUGGAGCCUGAUGCCCUCCUCAGAAGUCUAGCCGGACUUCUUCCAGAAGGCACAGAGCCGGCACGGAUCUUGCGAGCCUACAGCGUGCCGACACUCGAGGCCGCUGCGCAAAGCCUCUUCGAGACGCUGCGGCGGGCAGAUAAGCUUGGGCCCGCGUGCAUCCUCGCGCUGCCUCCAGAGCCUGCCCGGGGGCUUGCCGACGCGCUCCUCGACCGGCUCUUCCGGGCGGCAAGCGGCCGCUGGGUCGAGUAA